AUAUGGUCUGUCAAAGAAGUGAGGUUAUAAAUAAGUAACGUGUAAGCUUUCCCUUAAAAAAAAACAAAUUUGUACAAUAUGCCCGCAGCAGAGGAGGUAAAAUCGAGUUGGGCAGACGAGGUUGAGUUGGAAGGUGGAGCUUUGCCUCCCUCGACGGAAGUACGCGAGAAUGGUUUUAAAAUUCUCACCGAGUAUAAACUCGGGGAGGACAACAAGAAAGUUAAGAUUGUACGUACGUACAAAAUCGAGAAGCGUAUAGUUUCGAAGAGUAUCGCGCUACGUAAAACUUGGGCAAAAUUCGGUGAAUCGGCCGAUGACAAGCCCGGCCCGAAUCCGGCAACUACCAUAGGCGGAGAAGAUGUUUACAUGCAGUAUGUCACCAGUAAAGAGGAGGAUAACAAGGUGGAGGAAGACGCCUUGGAUAAAUUGAAGAUGAUGGGCGAUAAGGCAGUCGUGAAAUGUCGAACCUGCAACGGGGACCAUUGGACUUCUAAAUGUCCUUGGAAGGACACCGCGCUUGCCAGCGCCAAGACGGCUGACGGUGAAAAGAAAGCACCACAAAUGCAACCCCAAACCGCCGAUAGCACUACAAAAUCGACGACCAAGUAUCUGCCGCCGAAUAUGCGAGGUGACGGUGCAUCUAAACGCAUCGAUAAUGCCGGCAUGUCGGGUGCACGUCGCGACGAUGCCAUUGCUAUACGCGUCUCUAAUUUGAGCGAUUCCACAACCGACGCCGAUUUGGAAGAGCUGGUAAAACCAUUCGGACCCGUUCACAAAUUGUAUUUGGCCAAGGAGAAGCAGACUGGUCAGUGUAGAGGAUUCGGUUAUGUUCAUUUUAAAUUUCGUAAUGAUGCUGUUAAAGCUAUUGCUAAUCUGAACGGGCACGGAUACGAUCAUUUGAUUCUUAAUGUUGAUUGGUCUAAGCCCAAUACUUCUUCUAACCAUUAAAUGUACCUAUCUAUCAAUAAAAAAAUUUUAUAAAGUUG